AUGUCAAACAUACACGCAGACCUAAACCACAUCAAAAUACUCCUCAUAGACCUAGUACGAGGAGUUGCUGACGUAUGUGCUGAUAUAAAUGAUAACAAGUAUGUUAAGAGUGUUACGGAGGCAAUAAAGAGUCAGUUGACUGAGAUAGAAUGGGAAAGAACGAAAAUGCUGGAUGAAAUAGAAAGAAUCAAGGAGGAAACAGAUGGAUUGGUGGAAGAGAUAUACGGGGAAGAUGGAGUUGAUAGAGCAGAAAGAGUCAGUUUGGAGAGGACUAUUCUGUGUAAGAUGCAAUAUGGUGAGGAAUUAGAGAAAUACAAAAAGACGAAAAUGGAGUAUGAGAUAAAGAAUGGUGAGUUGAAUAGGGAAAUUGAGAAGUAUGGGGUGAUACUGGACGGAUAUACGGUGGAAAAUGGGAGUAGUAUGGAUAAGGUGGAUGAAAACAACUGCAAUAAUCCAGAAAUAAGCUUAAUUCAUACAAACAAAUUGCUAAAAUCAAGACUAGAUAGCAUAAAACAGAAGUUGCAACAAAAUGAGUCGUAUAGGACGUACUUCUACACGAACAUCAAGAUGGUUUCGAGAGACCUGAAGAUCGACUGCCCCAUUUCAUACGAUGAAACAGUUCAAGAACUCGAUAAGUUGUAUAACACCCUCAAGAAUGAGCUUGAAACCAAUAAGAACGAGUUCAUCAGAAUCAGAGAGGAGAUAUCUGCCAGAGAGGAGCUGUUUGGUGAUACAGCAUGCUGCUUUGAUGAGUGCUACAGCAGAAAGUACCUGAAAAUGAUGAUCAGCCACCUUGAACAGGUGAAACAAAAUGAGGUAACCAAAAUACAAGAAAUCAAGUCGACCCUUCUCACAGAAUACCACAACGAAUUAGCGGAAUAUCAAACCAAUAUCACCAAAAUAGGAGUCCCUGAUCACCAACUGAGCAAUCAAACCAAUAUAGACGAACUGAAUCAGGUCAACGAACUAAUUGAGUUCAAAUCCACCCUGAUCAAAAUGAAGGAGACCAACUCAAAGCUGUCUGAUAUCUCCGACCUGAUGGGAAAGAGAGAUGGUCUCCUCAGUGCAAUAGACGAGUUUGAGAAGCUGGCUGCUGAUCCCCGCCGUCUCUUCAAAUCCUCCUUCCAACUGAAUAAGGAGGAGAAAUUCAGAAAAACAGCCAUUCCAACCCUAAUCAAAAUUGAAACCGAAAUCACCAAAAUGGCGUCAUCCCCUGAUUUGGACCCAUCCAUCUCCUCUGCCAUCUCACACCUCAUCCAACACAACCAAAUCAACAGAAAGCUCUUCAAAUGGUAUUGA